AAAACCGUUACGUCAUAUCCAAUGGACGCCGAGUUGUCCUCAGCUCAGGUUGAAAAAGAGAAUAAUAUUGCAAGCUAGCCAGACACUUACUUUAUUCGUGAAGUCAGUGGUCUAUAUUUGUGAAAAAUAUAGUUUUUCUAUCGCUUAAUAUUGUUAUGAUAGUUCCUAUUUGAUUGAACGUUUUUAAUUUCAAAUCUUAGGCCGAGGAAUGAGUGAUAUUAAUCAAGGAAGUCGCUUGCUGGUUAGCCAAAAGCGUUAGCUAGCAGAAGUAUCUCGCUUGCUAGCUCUUUGUUUUGACUGUGAUGGUCUGAUGAUGUUGAAUAGCUUGGACAGCUGAUGGGUCUCGAGCUAGUGUUCGUAUGAACAUGUAUAUGAUGUUUUAAUAGGUUGUUAAACAGUAUUUAAUGUGUAAUAACAUUACUUCUGCGACGAGGGGAGGAGACAUUUGGUUGUAAACGAACAAUAGCAAGUUUACAAGCUAGCUAAACAACGAGGGACUGAGAAGUGGACAUGGGCAAUUGUCUGAAAUCGCCGACGUCGGACGAUAUAUCUUUGCUUCACGAAUCCCAGUCCGACAGAGCAAGUUAUGGGGAGGCAGACCCGGAUUUGGAGCCACCUCCGCCUUACCAGGAGGAGGCCCACAUGCCGGUGUACCACCCCACCCCCAGCCAGGCCCGCCUGGCCAGCCAGCUGACUGAGGAGGAGCAGGUCCGUAUCGCCCAGCGUAUCGGCCUCAUCCAGCACCUCCCCCGGGGUGUCUACGACGGAGGACGGGACGGCUCCGAGAAGAAAAUCAGAGAGUGUGUGAUAUGUAUGAUGGACUUUGUGUACGGGGACCCCAUCCGGUUCCUGCCCUGCAUGCACAUCUACCACAUGGACUGUAUAGACGACUGGCUGAUGAGGUCCUUCACCUGUCCCUCCUGCAUGGAGCCUGUGGAUGCCGCCCUGCUCUCCACUUACGAGACCAACUGACCCCUAACACAACCCUACCCCCUGCUGCCGAGCUCUGCCUUGCUACCCCCCUAUAAACAUGCGCACACAUACACACACACUUCCACUAGCCCCAACAAACACACACAUGCUGCCCCCCUCCCCUCUGCUUUUUACCUUGGGAUAAGGAGCAGCACAGUGUCUUGGUCGGUGAUGACAUACGAGAGAGAGACUAUGUAAACACUAGUGAUUAACAAUGAAAAUACUUUGACCCAUCCACCCAUCACCUGGAACUGGCUCUGAACUGGAACUGAAACUGGCUCUGAACUGGAACUGGCUCUGAACUGAACUGGCUGAGUCAUGGUCUGACUGAAAGAAGGCAACAUUAGACAACUGUCUACAUAGGAGGACAAGCAUGCAUAAUGUGUGUGUCUGUGGUGGACUGGGUUCCUGAGUCAACUGUUUAAUACAGUACUUGAACUGGGUUGGUGAUGUUAUGGUCAGAAGAGGGGGGAGGGGGCUGUUACCGUAGUGAUGGCUCACUGCAUUGCCACUUGAGCAGGUCUCGGUGGCAUCCCAUCCCAGCCAAUCAUUAUUCACCAUGAUUAGUAUCUGGGAAUGGGAUUGGAUCAUUUUCUGUAAUCUGAAUUUGGCCACCAGGAGGUAUCCUAUCAGAUUCCUUUAGAAGCCAAAGCUGGCAACAACAAGACGAUAACAUUACUCAUCGGUCUUCUAAAGUCUCAAAAUCCUGCACUCUGAAUAUGAUUUAGUAAUGGCAAAACAGCCCCAGGAAGCCGGCAUGGUGGCACAUAAUGGUUAUCUCUCUACGGACUGAAGCAUACCCUGUUUUAGUGUUAGAGUUUCAAAAUAAAAGAAGUUACAGAGCAUAGCCUCCUUUAGGAUUACAAAAACAACAACUAGUAUGCACAUACACAGUGCAGAAAUCACCCAAAGCCCAUCCUCUAUUAGACUAUGAUAUGUUUAAUGGAGAAACACAUACUUAGCUUUUGUUUUGUCAUUCAGAUUUACCAUUCUAAAUGGCUCCACUGCCAUUCCAAAUGGCCUGAAGAAGUGUAUGAGCUGUAUGUCAGUCAUCCUGUGUAAGGUUUAUAGGUUUUACAAUAAGAGGAGUAACAUAGCUGUCAGCCAAUGUAAAGGGCUCAUUUGUGCAUGUGCAGGAUGAUCAGUCUAAAAGUUAGGAAUGCUUGCACACACAUUAAUCUGAUCCCGAGAUUUGCACUUUACUUAUAGGACAAUAACGGAAGCAUUAUAUUAAUAUAUAUACCUAUAACCUUGCACUUUUCAAUAUUAUUUCUUCUUUUCACAGCACAGAAGUUAAGAUUGAUAUUGAUAAUGCUGUCAAUGCUACCAUUGGUCACUUAUCACGUUGAAGUAAAGUUGAAUAGCUGAAUAUGUAUUCAUGAAUUGUGUGAUUCAGUAGUGUGCAUCUGCUUUGUUUUGCUUGUCUUGAUUCUAGUGUGUGUUUUUGUGUGGAAGUGACUGAGGGAAGGGGACAGAGGUUUGCUUUGUCUCGGAUGAGACAAUAAGGAAUAGGAUAAUAUUUAUUCCCUUAUUUAGCUUACUUACCUGUAUUUUCAAUCUUCUCCCACAGUCGUCAUUGCGCCCAAAAAUGUUUGUUUUGUUUUUUGCUUUUUAUAUAUGUUUGUAGCGUUGCGGUGAAUUAUUCCCAUUACAUUUUUUGUUUAUAUUAUAUUGAUACCCUUUUCUGUAUUGAUGUUUGUAUAUCUCCUACCUUUUAGAUAUAUUGUUUGUCAUUGUGUUUGUGGGAGAUACGUCUUUCCUAUUAGAGUUUACACUGCCUUGAGUAUGCAUCUGCAAACCUCUGUCCCAAAGAUAUUUGUAAGAGGGAGAAGUUUUCUCUCAUAGUUUCACAGUGACAUUAAAAGACAACACACGUUUUUCAAUUUUUAGCUUUGUUUUGCAGUGUUUUUCAGGACUCUGAAAAUAAAUGUAAUCUCCUGUAAUCUUGGUCUUUGAAAGGCCAACCAUCCCUCAUAUUGAAGCUGUAACAAAAUAAAAAUAAACAAGAAAGCACA